UGAGGUGGACAUACUGCUAUCCUGUAAUAAGAUAUACAGAUCUGAUUGUGUUGAUGUUGAGUCUCCCGACUUCAUCUUGGAAAAAAAUGACUAGGCGAGUAUGUCGGAUUCAAGGCUUGAUCUCGCGGUUUCAGGAAUAUCGGAUGAUGGCCUUCAUCCGGUGAAUGUCCACCUACGAAGAUCCCAAAAUGAAGCAGCUUUACGACGACUCCAGCGAGUUCGCCGCGCUUGACCAAACCGGCGCAGCGGCCGUCAUUGACUUCUUCCCGUGGAUCAGCAAGCUGCCUGGAUUUCUAGUUCACGCGCAGAAACACGCCAAAGCGCUCCAUCGCCGGGAGAAGGCGCUUUACUUGAGCCACUGGCUCCACGCCCUGAGAGACAUUGCGCGCCGCUCCAUCCGGUUGUGCUUCUGCGUCGCAGGAUGUUUAACGCCCAGACGCAGGAAGCCUUCAGCGACGACCAGGCGGUCUUCAACCUGGACCGCUACGUCGGGGACGAUCAGAAUUCGGGCGACGCCGCUGCUAACCUGGAUGCGCUGCAGCGCGACGUCUACACGUUCGGUGCUGAUCGUCGCAUCUGUCGGGGCAUUCUUGUCGCGGAGCGCAGUCUGUUUUUGGGGAUGUCGCAGAGGAGGAAUGUUGAUACGGCAGAGCAUGGUGCAGGACCCGUUGUGUUGAGAGAUCUGAACUCUAUAUAGAAGUCUGAAUAGAAGUAUUGAGAUCGAGACUCAUAUUCAAUAUGAAUCUUAUGAUCCGUAUAUAUGGAUUCACUAUUUUUAGAUCAAUCACUGAGGCUGAGGACACUGUAUACAAAGUAGACCGGCUCACUAUAUGUACGUUGUACAGCGUCUCGACCCUCUGUAGAGACUGAAAAGGAGUUUCUUUUCAUGAUGAAAAUCCUGUCCAGUAAUUUCCACUCCAUAUCGACGAUCCCAAUACCUAAUCAAGGGACGUGGAAGAUGGAGGAUCGAGAAGCAGAACCAAAACCGGUUCUUGAGUUCUGCCGUCUCUA